ACUUUUUCCAGAAAUCUCUCACAAUCGCCAUCGAUUUUAGCAGACAUUAAAGAAGAUGGGAGUAUUCACAUUCGUGUGCAAGAAUGGCGGCGGCGCGUGGACUGCUAAGCAACACGAAGGAGACCUUGAAGCUUCCGCUUCUUCUACCUACGAGCUCCAGCGUAAGCUCGUUCAGGUAGCUCUCUCCGCCGAUUCCUCCGGUGGCGUUCAGUCUUCGUUUUCUCUUGUCUCUCCUACCUCCGCCGUAUUCCAGGUGAUUGUCGGUGGUGGUGGUGGUGGUGGAGGAUUCGCUGCUGGAGGAGCUGCCUCGGGUGGAGGUGGUGCGGGUGAAUCUGCAGCUGCUCCUAAGGAAGAUGAGAAGAAGAAAGAAGAAUCAGAAGAGGAAGAAGGAGACUUCGGAUUUGAUCUCUUUGGUUAAGAUGGAAAUAGUAUUUUGGAGGUGUUAGUUUGAGCUUCCAUUUUUGUGGGGUGUUUCUUCCAUUGUCAUGUGAUAUGCUGCUACUCUGUUUUCACUUCCAUUUCAUGAGUCUCUGAUGUAAUGACAAGUUUCUCUUUUGAUCAUAUCAUACUUUGGCUGAAGAAUGAAAAAAUAGUCUCAAA